GUGACAUAUUGCUCACUCUGGGACAGAGUACGAUAGCUGUCGGUCGAACAAUAGGACAUCUCGGCAAUAGGAAAUUUGUCCAGGCUGAGCCAGUACUCAUUCAAAUACAAUGGGGACGACUUUCCAUUUAAUUGCUCUCAUUCUGAUGGCUGCCAUGUACCUUUUCGCCCAGGUAGGAGCACAAAUGAUCAACAAAGAACCUGCGGAAGCGAGACCAAUUCUAUCAAGGUCCUGUGGAGGCCAGUGCACCACCUUCUCUGGCGAGGCGGGCUUCUGCAGGAGGAAUUGUCAACAAGGCGAAAUUCAAGCACCUGGCAAAUGCCCAAGCAUUUCCCAAGUACCACUUCCGGCAAUCAGUCCAGUCAGACCCUGCGUCUGCUGCGUGAGGGGUGAUAAACUUCCAGUCUGCAUGGAAAGAUUCUGUACUGGCGGACGUAGAGGCGAAUCCGGCACUUGCAGGACAGAGUGUUUAGAAGGGGAGACGAAAAUCGAUGGCACUUGUGGACAAAUUACUGAAGACGAAAUCGCUGGCGCUUGUGUUUGCUGUGGAAGAGAUGGCAAAGUAGUUUCUCUGCCUCUGCCUACAGUUUGAAAACAUCACUGAGUUAGAAUCCUAAUUUUGUCACUAAGUGCCUGCAAUGACUUUUCUUUUUCGCAAAGCCCGUCACUUAGUUCGAUUCUGGAGACGAAUUCUUUAUUUCCUGCAUAUGAUGAAUACAAGAAAUGCUUCCACUUCAUAUUUGAAGAGCAAAAAUCAAAAGUGUAGCAAAAAGUAAAUGAAAAAAAUAGUCUUUGUCACUCAUGAGUGAUAUCUUUUCUAGUAAUUAUAUUAUUUGCUAUAAGUAGCCUUUGAACAUAUACAUCUUGGGUUCAACUAUAAUUCACAUCAAAUUUUUGGUGAAGGGAUAUGGUUCGUGAGAAUAUAUAGAGAAAAUGAAGGUAAACGAAGAAUGAAUAUGGUUAGCCUACUUAUAAAAUAUAUGGUCAUUAAAAUGUAAACGGAACAUGUUGCUUCAAUUAUCACAGCAAAAUAUGUUAGUGUUAUUGAAAUCUCUAUGCAAAAUUAGACCAUUCAACAUCCAGGCAAAACUUGUGAAAAUAAUUUGAUCAAAGUGGAUGUCUCUUAAAAACGAGAUACAAAAAAGUAAAAGGAAUUCGAAAUGGAGCAAGAUUGCAGAUUUAGAUAUUUAUCGAUGACUGGGAUUCUAGAAAAAAAUCCAAAUUUUCAUGCGGAAAGUUCAAAAUAACCUACUAGGUAAGCGAAUGAUAGUGAAAGCCAAGGAAGUGCAGAAGUACUGAAGCAUUCCUAUUAAGGACAUCAUGACCUGCCGCAGCAUGAUCCCUAAACGAAAUAACUUGGUUUUGAUAAGACAAAAAUAAGUUCUUUCCUACACAUUUGCACCAGGCCAGAUGAUACUCUAAAAUUGAACUGGAGGUGUAGGAAAAAAUGAUUUCUUGCUAGAAUCUCAUUUUUCAUAUUAAGCUAGAUAUUUAUUGCAAACGUAGAACGAACGCGGCGUAUCUAGAAUUUCAUUAUUUCUUUUGCUUGACUGCCGUUAUGCAACCAAAGCUACCUUUGAUAUGCAAAUUCCUGUAAUUAUUAGUUAGCGAUGAAUAAAGAAUGAAAAAUGGUAAAAGUUUCCUGGUACUGAAAUUAUUAAUUUUUUUUUUUUUUCAUGAAGGUUAAGUCUCCUUCGCCCUCUACCAGGAGUAGACUUUUUUUCUGCCUCCAACCGAAACGUUUCCACUUCUAUGACUCUCUAUGUAUAGAAGCUGUUUCAAGAAAUAUUUUCUGUCAAAUUACAACGAUCGAUGUUGAAGACUAAAUUAUGCUGACUGCAUUCGGAUAGGUUAAAAUUGUCGGCAAAAUUCAUAGAAAUUAGUGUCAUCAGGAGGUAAUCCUGUCAGUCAUGAAUAAUAGUUUAUCAGGUACUGUCGUGUUUAAUUCUACGUAUGCAGCUAUAUUUCAACGUUUUAAAGCUGGCGGAUGACACGCUCACAGGAAAUUACCGGAGUGUUCAGUUACAAGCCGUUACAAAAACUGUAACAUGGUUAUCUGCGUUACUCUCCACGACAAAUCCUGUUGAUAAGUGUCAUGCCACUACGUGACAAAAUUUGAUUCAAAUAAUUGAACGGCAUGAAAUGCCAGUUUUUAUGUUACCGGUUCGUUUUUUCUUAUAUCAAUCGAUGAAUUAAGAUAUAUACAAAACAGAUAAUAGAUUAAAAAACAUUUUUGAGCAUUCUGUUUCCUUUUAAGAUAUUAUAAAAACGGAGAUUCUGAAAGCCUUUGCAAAGACUACUGCAAAGAAGUUACAAGCUAUACAGGAAAAAAAAUGUGAAAAUAGAUAGAAAUAGAUUUUUUAUUGUUCAAUCAGGGAAAUAUUUCAAGUUUUACAGAUUCUCACAUUUUUAUUUGCCUAAGAUAUGGAGAAAAUAUGUCGUGAAAAUAUCACGUAAUUCAGAUGCGUGUAUAUAAACAAGUUAUGGCGAUAUUAGUAAUUUUGAUAAAAGCGUACAUACAAAUGCAUACGUACAUACAUAUGCAGACACUG